AUGCCUUCACCUCUUGUUACUGGUAUAUCACCUCGUGAAGGUUGUCCAGGUAUAAAAAUAACUAUUCGAGGUGAAAAUUUGGGUACAGAUGAAAAAGAUUUUAUUGGUUUAAAAAUUUGUGGUGAUGAUUGUCGAGCAACAGCUUCAUGGAUAAGUCCAAAUAAAAUAGUUGCUUAUGCUGGAAAUGGUCAAGGUAAAGGUGAUGUUAUUGUUAUAACAAAAAGUGGUGGAAUUGGUUCGUGUUCAGUUGGUUUUUAUGGACGAGUUGAACAAGCAGGACAAUUUCAAGAAGUUGCUGUAUGGAUUGACGAAGAUGCAGUAACUUUAUUUGGUUUAAAUACAUCGAAGGCACCAGCUUUUUUACCCGGUACUGGUGAUACAGUGACUGGAUCAACUACGGAUGCCUCUAGUGUUACUCCAGCAGAAGAACUCUAUGAAAUGUUUCCAACAAGUAGUACGGAUAUAACUCAACCAAAUUUUAAUCCAUAUUAUUAUUUACUUGCUCAUAAAUCAAAUGCUACAUUUGAUGAAUUACGUCAAAAUCUUGAACAUCUUCAAAAAACUCGUGCUGAUAAUAAAGGUGCAUCAACAACACUUGUUAAAAAUAAUAUAGCAUCAUUUAUGGAAGCUGUUGAUAUAAUGAAAGACAUUCGACGUUUAUCGGCUGAUGAUCGAAAGAAAAAUUUUUAUGAACCAGUAAUUAAAUUAGUUGAAGAAAUUUCUCGUAUUGCUCAUUCCAUGUAUGAUACAGAUUUAGCACGAAAAGAUUAUUCAGAUAUAAUACGUAAUGCCUUAAAUGUUAUACAAAGAUAUAAAUUUAUUUUUCAUUUACCACAAACGAUUGAACGAAGUGUUAAACGAGAAGAAUAUGAAAAAGUAAUCAAUGAUCUUGUACGAGCUCGUGCAGCAUUUGAAACUGUUGAUUCAAAAGUAUUUCGCAAUAUUCAACGAGAAGUUGAACAACAAAUACAAAAUCUACGUACAUUAUUUCGACAACGUCUUACAGAAUUUCCAUCAUCACUUGAUGAUCAAAAACUUUUUAUUCGUUAUUUACAUUCACUUGAUCCAAGAGCUGAUCCUGCAUGGGAUUGUAUUAUACAUCAAAAAGCAGCACUUAUCGAAGUACUUCGUUCAUGUGCAGUUGAUCCAAAACAACAACAUCAACAACCACAUGAAAUAAAACUUCACACUCAUGAUCAAGCAACUGCUAUGGUUGAUCAAGCAUGUGAUGUACUUACAACAGCUUUUCCUGAUUUAUGGUACUUAAUGCAAUUAUAUUUAAGAAAGAAACUCUAUCCAUUAUCUGAAAAAUCCGAAGAAAUUGAUCGAACUUAUAUGCAUAAAGCACCAGAAUUUCUAGCUUUAACAAAAGAUAUUAUUCAAACAUUUAUAAGUGUUGUUCGACUUAAUUUAUUAAGUCGGUCAACAAUGACAAAAUCUGAUACGACAUCAUCACAAGAUGAUGAUUUAUAUACAAAUGCUGAUGAAACAUAUCAACGUGUUAAAACAUUACCACAUUGUGUACAAAAUUGCCGUUUAUGUGUAUUACAUCUUGUUUCACUCGAUAUACAAGCUGAUUUUAAAAAAGAUUUACAACAACUUAUGUUUGAUUUACGUUUAGAAUGUUUUAUAGUUAUUAUGGAUCAUGCGUGUUUAGAAGUAUCUCGUUUAAAUACUCAAGAAACAUGGGAAUUAGAAUAUGAUGAACAACUUGGUUCACAUACAAAAUUACCAAAUUUAUUUCAUGAUAUGAUUGUCACGAAAACAAAUAUUAUUCAAGAAAAUGUUCUUUCUGUUAAUGUAGCAAAAGGUGAACGAAAAUUUUUUGAAGAUAAAGAAGCGACAAAACAAGCAGCUAUAGCUGUUUAUCGUUUAUUAGGUGAUUUUGCAUCUGUAUUUCAAAUGUUAAUAAAAGAUUGUUCAUCAUCAUCAUCAAAUUCCAUUGAACCAUUAUCAUCAUCAACAAUAAUGAUAAAUUCAUCUGAACAUUUAUCUAAAACAAUGUGUUUAAUAAUAAUAUUAAAUAAUUUUGCUUAUACACGUCGUUUUAUACUUCCACGUUUAAAAAAAAUUUUUCUUAAUUAUGGUUUUCGUGGUAUGGAUCGUGUUUAUGAUGAAACUGAAAUUAUAUAUAAACGUGUUGAUGAACAAUUAUUAGAUACAGUACAAAAUGAAUAUCUUCGACCAUUUUUACAUCGUUUAGAGUCUCGUAUGUAUGCUGGAAGAUUUGAUUGGGCAACACAUAUACGUGUUAUAUCAGUUAAAGAUUAUGUUAAACAUAUUAUACUUGAUUUAGCACGUGUACAUGCUGAAAUAUAUUCAAUAAGUAGUCAAUUAGUAUUUAUUGUUUUAUCACGUAUAUUAUCAACAUUAGUUAAUGAAUUAGCAAAAUUAUAUUCAAAUAUAAAUCAAUUUAGUAAAGCCGGUAGUAUGCAAGCAUGUUUAGAUUUAAUUGCUUUACAAGAAUGUCUUGGACGUUGUAUGGAAACAGAAACAUCAAAUAAAUUAAAAGAACUUAUAACACAAAUACCUGAUGCAGCUGAACAUAUUAAAUCAAAAGCAUUAACUGAUAUGUUAAAUGUUUUCUUAAAACAAAUGCAACCAUAUUCAAUUGCUUUUCGUGAUGUUACACAAUAA